UUGACACCCACAGCCCUGCAAUCCCAACCCGAGCUCAGUUGAGUCGAGAGUCCAAAGAAAUGGGAUCGAGCGCAGUCACGACACGUGAUUCCUUUCCUUUCCUUUCCUUUGUGACGGAGUUGCGUUCCGUUGUAAGUAGAGCAUCUAUGCUACCUGUCGUGUGUGUACCGAAGCGUCGGCGGACUUCUGGAAUCUGGAGGCUCGAGAAACGAAGACGAAAAUAGUUAGUUAGUUGGAUAGGGAUGGAUGCCAGAUGCCAGAUGGGCGAUGGGCGCUGAUCGAUCGUCGUCUCGCUGUGACUGUGGCUGCAGUGGCUUUAGCUGGCAGCCCUGUCCGUGGGCAGUGGGGAGGGAUCUGGGGCGGAGCCGCGAAGGCGGGCGGCCACGCACCACGCGGACGAUCGACAAGAGUUCAAACACCAGCUGUUUUGAGCUUUUCUUUCCUUCUUUCUGUGUUUCAAACGGCACUUUUUUUUGUCUCUUUUCUUUCCGGAUUUGUUCCGAGGGUAACCAAAUUUGUAGGGAGAUGUAUCUACAAAGAAGAUGGAUGGACAUUGGACAUUGGGCAGCAUUUUCUCUGGGGUUUUAUUUUUGUUCUUUUAUUUUUACUUCAUGUACCGCGUGCAGGACUGAGGAUGCUGGAUGCUGGAUGCUGGAGCUGGACCGGCGCCGAACCGAACGGGCGGUUUGGGGUUUCCGUGCGGCGUGGAGUGAGCAUACAUACGGAAGGAAAGAAGGAGAAAAGGAGGAAAGGGAGGGAAACGAAGGUGCAGAAUAUGUAAUAAUAAAAGAGACAGCGCGGGGGAGAUGGGGGGCGGGCUAGGUGGCUUUGGGCUUGCGGUGACGAUCGACAGGCAUAGGUAACAUUGAAAUUUUCUCGUGAUGAAGAGAGGGAGAGGCCGCGAAACUCUGCUGACAGUCUGAUUGUGGUGAGAGUAAAGUGGGAUGUCUCCUUGAGUGAUACGCGAAUAGCCACACGAGCAAAUAGACCGCCCGAACAUCAGACUACAGAUAGUCCGGCCGGCGAUCA